GGCAGAUGUUAGUUGAAAAAAUGGCGCCAUUAAUAUAGGCAAUGGAAAGUAAGUUUUACCUUCCAUUGUAAUAAACAGUUUAUUUUGCUAAAGCAUCAAACAACCUCGUAUAUCCACUAUUUUAGAGCUCUUGAAUUCGCGUCUAUAUAUUAACGAAUUGACUGAUUGACCGAUUUCUUUUUACACAAUCGAUUAAUAAUUUAGUGUCUUCUUUUUGUAUUAUAAAUAAUAAAAUGUGAAACAAACUUUUUGUGUAAGAACUAAUAUACAGUAUAUAUUUGCAUAAAAAUAAUAAAUCAAAGUGAAUGCAACAAAAAUUUAUACUAAAAAAUGAAAAUGCAAUAUUCAAUAUAAAUCAAAUAAAGUAUAAUUUAAAAGCAGUUCGGAAAAAUAUUAAAGUUGUAAAUAAAAAUGGUUUCAUACUACAAUCCCAUGACUUAUUCUCAAAAACAUAGUACGAGUUCUUUGAAUUAUCCGCCCACACAGCCUUGGCAAUGGACCGCAAACUACCCCGCGUCAGCUAAUCACCAUCAGCUUCUUAAUGAGAUGGAGUCGCCGCAUAGCCACCAUCAGGUGUAUUAUAAUACCCAUCAUAUGUUUCACCCAGCAAGCAGUUCUACCGCAGAAUGGCAUUCUCCAUUAUCGACUACUGAAAAUAUUUUGCAAAGUGCACCAAAUGUACAGCAAAUUAUAAAUGAGUCCAAUGACGGUAUCGGCUUGGGUAACAAUACAAGCCCGGAUCGAAGCACCAAUUCUACUGCUGCUUCUACGGUUGAACUAACUUCAGCAAAUGAAUCGAGAAGGGGUAUGAAUGAUCAUCAUAUUGCUGAAAGUUUACCAUCUCCAUCUCUAGCUAUAUCAGGAAGCAAUGCUUCUAGCCCUGAAGUUUCAAUAACGACGGCAUCUACACAACAUCCAGUUAACAGUACUGCUUCAAAUCUGUCUAAUUACAGUUCCCCUGUAAAAACGCAGUAUUAUGAAUGGAUGAAAAAACCAUCGUAUCCCACACAACCUGCUCCCGGUAAAACCCGCACAAAGGAUAAAUAUAGAGUAGUAUAUAACGAUUUUCAGCGCUUAGAACUUGAAAAGGAAUAUUGCACAUCGCGGUACAUAACAAUACGGCGAAAAAGUGAGCUGGCUCAAAUUCUUUCCCUCUCGGAAAGACAGGUUAAAAUUUGGUUCCAAAACCGGAGAGCAAAAGAAAGAAAGCUAAACAAAAAAAAUUCUGAUCCAUCGGUGUUACCUGGUAUAGUUUCUCAUUGCGAUCACCCAGGUUCAAUCUCGUCCAAGCCCAAGAUAGAGCCUGGUCUUCACCUGCAACACACUUUGCACUCAAUGACGACUAUAAGUAUGCCAACAAUGGGUUUGCACCACAUAAGUCAUCAUCACCCAUUUGCAGUAGCGGCACCUACAUCCCAUCAGCUGCAUUCACAACACGCUCAGAUGUCCACAGCAGUAGCAAGCGUGAAUUCUAUGGCUCUGUGACAAUAUUAUAUGCAUUAGCAAUUCAAUUGUAAGCGUAAAUUUCAUAAUCACUUUUGCUUAAUUGUUAAAAUAAAUUAUACCACCAAAAUGCUAUAUAUGUAUGUAAAUGUAUAUGAUAAUAAUAAAAUAAUUUUUGGAAACCUUAA